GAGCCUCGGUGUCGGCUGAAGAGGGUACCCGCCUCGUCAGGACCGAAUCCGGGGAAGGACGCACUGCAAUGGACCGACCCGUGACUGUGGAGCAGUAUAAGGCAGCCAUGGUGCUGAGUGGUGCUGGUGAUGCUCUGGGCUACAGAAGCCAGCUGUGGGAGUUCUGCAAGUCUGGACCAGCUAUUCAUAAGGAGCUGCAGGAGCUGGGCGGCUUGAAGAACAUCAAGGUUCAGCUUCCUAGUUGGCCCGUGAGCGACGACACUGUUCUGCAUCUGGCAACAGCUGAAGGGCUGGCAACUGAUAAAACAGACGAGGAUCUCCUUCAUGAGGUGGCUGCUCGUUACGUGGAGGGGAUGAAAGACAUGGAUGGGAGGCAACCAGGUCUAACAACCUGUAGGGCUGUUUUCCAACUGAGACCUGGAUUGAAAGGGGGUUACAGAGUGCCAUAUAACCCCAGGGGGGCAGGCUGUGGAGCAGCCAUGAGGUCCAUGUGCAUCGGCCUGAGGUAUCCGAGUCCGGCCCAGCUGUCGUCACUUGUGGCCGUUGCCGUGGAGACGGGCAGGAUGACCCAUAAUCACCCCACUGGUUUCCUGGGAGCCGUAGCCUCGGCUCUUUUCGCUUCAUACGCCGCCCAGCGCAGGCCCAUCACCACCUGGGGUCUGGGCCUGAUCAACGAGGCCUGUCCCAUAGCGAGGAAGUUCGUUCAGGAUCGGGGCUUCGCUGUGGAGGAGACGGAGAGAGACUGGAGCUACUUCUGUGACAAGUGGCAGUGGUAUCUGGACCAGAGGGGCAUCUCUAACGGAGAAGGACCAGUGGUUUGGCCCUCUGCCUACGGUCCAGCUGAAAGAGACAAGAUCUACAAGACCUUUAGUCUGUCUGGUUGGGCAGGGGCCUGCGGACACGAUGCUCCGAUGAUCGCGCUGGAUGCCCUGCUGGGGGCUGGCUCUGACUGGGAGGAACUGAUGAGCAGAGCUGCCUUCCAUGGAGGCGACAGUGACAGCACAGCAGUGAUUGCCUGCUGCUGCUGGGGUCUCCUCUACGGCACCGAGGGGGUCCCUGAAGGCAACUAUAGCAACUUGGAGUACCGAUACCGACUGGAGCGUUGUGCCGAGCAGCUCUACGCUCUGUCACAUUAACAAGGCAGCAAUGUAUGUUUGUAGCUGCUUGAAGCUGCAGCAGCCGCGACUUUCCUGCACGUUCACAGACGGCCUUCAUCUUCGGCGGCCUUCAUCUUCGGCUGAACGGCAGACGAGACCAGGAGGAGGGACUCUUCCUCCAUCACAUGCAGAUCUCACACAGAAUACUUCAAAUCUUUACACUCCUGCUUCUCAAACAAAGAAUAAGCACUGUCACCUUAAAUACGUACAUUUAUUAUCCUUAUAC